AUGCGCGCCCCCCCCGCUAAAUGGAUCUCCCCGGCAACCUACCUUCUUUCUCCUAAAGAAACGCCUCGUCGAAAGAAUCGCACGGCCAAUAGGCUCAUUAAUUCUUGCAAGAAGCUCACAAAAGAAUGGUUUGCACAUAAGAAAAUAAGCCCCGAAAAUAUUCCCAACGCAAGACCCAACCGAAAAUGUAAAGAAUAUCUCAAUUGCUUCGUACUUCUCCUUGUUUGGGAGAAAGAUAACAUCGUGGGAGCAUCGAAGGAGGCAGAAUCGCUGAAGAAAGAGCUCGAGGAGAGAUGGGGAUUCUGGGGCGACAUUUAUAGGAUUCCUUUUAUCGAAGAGAAAGGCCGACAGCAAGCGGUUGUGGAGAAAGCUGUGGAAUUGUUCAUCGAAAAUAGGGAUUCAAAAUCGAAUUUACUACUUGUGCAUUAUGGAGGUCAUGGAGGCAUGAACGAUUCAAAUGAGUAUGUCCUACAACAACACAAUGACGGCAGACCCCACGAAGUAAAGCUCAAGCCAAUUCGAGAGCGUCUCAGAGAAUGCGAAGCUGAUGUUGGAAUGGUUCUCGAUGCCUGUUAUUCGGAGGCUGGUGUGUUUCGAAGUUUUGAACCGCACACGGUGGAAAUACUGGCAGCGUGUUCAGCGGAGUGCAAAACCGCAGGCGUAUCACCAGAGUCCUUCACCAACGGGAUCCUCAGAGUACUGCGCCACCAAAACGAGGCUUUAAACAUUUAUGAACUAUCGGAGGAGCUUCAGAGAUUGGCCUACCCUACGUUGGGAACCCAGCCAAAACAUCAUCUACUUAAGCUGAUCUUUUUUCUUGUUAAGGCCGUUAUGGACCGAUAA